GGGAGAACAGGACAUCACUUAGACUGACCAACUCGAGAGCUGUUUGUUCUGAGUGGAGAUAAGGACGAGGAUCCUGGGCUACAGGAAAUAUAUAAACUGAUUGAGGUGUUUGAAUUAAAGAGAGUUUAAUCGUUGUAACAGAAGCUUCUGACCAGCCGAGGAUGGGUAAAACAAAGGAUUCCGGGGAAGAGGAGAGACCCCAAUGGGACAACAAGGUGCAGUACCUGUUGACAUGUAUCGGCUUUGCAGUGGGACUUGGGAACGUUUGGCGUUUUCCCUACCUAUGCCAAAUAUAUGGAGGAGGCGCGUUCCUCAUCCCCUACUUGAUAGCUCUGGUAUUCGUGGGCCUCCCGCUGCUCUACCUGGAGCUGGCCAUAGGACAGAGGCUUCGCAAGGGGAGCAUCGGUGUCUGGAACUCUAUCUCACCAAUGCUGGGUGGGCUUGGUGUUGCUUCUAUGGUGGUGUCAUUCCUGGUGGGUAUUUUCUACAACACCAUCCUGGCCUGGGUUCUCUGGUAUUUCUUUCACUCCUUCCAAAAUCCGCUGCCGUGGAGCCAGUGUCCACUAAAUGAAAACCACACAGGUUAUAAUGUAGAGUGUGAGAAGAGCACUCCAUCAAAUUACUUCUGGUACCGUGAGACCCUGAACGUCACGCCUGACAUUGAGACUAGUGGCUCAUUGCAGUGGUGGAUGGUGAUCUGUCUGGCCAGCGCCUGGUGCGUUGUCUACAUCUGUUUCAUCAAAGGCAUCCAGUCCAUUGGAAAGGCUGUGUAUGUGACAGCCACCUUCCCUUACCUGGUGCUGACCAUUUUCCUGAUCCGUGCCCUCACUCUGCCCGGAGCUAGUGAUGGACUGACGUACCUCUUCACUCCUGAUUGGGAGGUCCUGAAGAACCCCCAGGUGUGGCUGGACGCUGCAACCCAGAUCUUCUUCUCCCUUUCUAUAGCCUUUGGAGGUCUCAUAGCCUUCUCCAGCUAUAACGGAGAGAAAAACAACUGCGAGAGGGAUGCUCUUGUUGUUGGGAUAAUAAAUAGCGCCACAUCUCUGUAUGCCUCCAUAUCCAUCUUCGCCAUCCUGGGAUUUAAAGCAACUACUGGCUUUAACAAGUGUCUACAAGAAAACAUCUUGGAUCUGACAAACUACUUUGAGUUUUCCGACCUGAAUAUAACAUUGGAGAACUACGACCACUGGUUUGAGUAUUUAAAUCAGACGUCUCCUGAUCAGGUGGCCAAUUUGCAACUGAGGCACUGUGACCUGCAAACAUUCCUUGACGAGAGUGCGUCAGGUACCGGCCUGGCUUUUAUUGUGUUCGCCGAGGCAGUGGUAGAGAUGCCAGGCUCGCAGAUUUGGGCCAUAUUGUUCUUCGUUAUGCUCUUCAGCUUGGGCCUCUCCUCCAUGUUUGGCAACAUCGAGGGAGUCCUCACGCCCAUCCAUGACCUUAAUCUGGUGCCAAAGUGGAUCCCGAAUGAACUUGUAACAGCCAUCACGUGCUUGGUAGCCUUCCUGACGGCUCUUAUCUUCACACUGGCCUCCGGGAACUACUGGGUGGAGGUGUUUAACACCUACGUGGGCUCCGUACCUCUGCUCAUCAUUGCAUUCUUCGAGUUAAUUGGAGUCAUUUAUGUCCGUGGAAUGAAAACUUUCAGUGAAGACAUCGAGUUCAUGACGGGGAAGAAGCCCAACAUCUUUUGGAAGGCCUGCUGGAUGGUGAUCAGUCCCGUAAUGCUAUUUGGCGUGCUGAUUGCCUAUGUGGUCACUCAGGCACAGAAACAUCCCACCUAUUUUGCAUGGAACCCAGAAUAUGAACUAUUCCCUGCAACUGAAGUAAAGCCAUACCCAGACUGGGUCUUUGCCAUAAUCAUCCUCCUCACUGUGCUCCCUGUGAUUUCCAUCCCUGUGGUGUUUGUCUACAAACUGAUCGUCCAUCUGAAAAAGAGGUCCUCGCCACGAGCCGAACUAAGCCCCUACUUCAACGACGGCUUUGUGGUGGAAACACAAGAACAGGGGAAACAGCGAGCUUAGGAUACGAUUCAAACAACAAAAGUCGUGACUUCCUGAUGAUCGCGCCUGGAUUUUGCCUCUAAAAUCACAGAAGAGCAAACAUAAUCACACAAGACACUUUGAACUUUUUCUAUUAACUAAUGAUGUUGUAUAAAUUAACAGGAUUCUAUAAGGACAAACAUGACAUAUGACAGAUCACAUUCUCUAACUCCAAAACAAAACCGGAUUUAUUGAACAUCCAUAUUCCUUACUUUGUUUUUCAUGCACAUUACACAGUAAAUGAACAUGAGCUCGAUAACAUUCAGUGUAACACAUCAAACUGAAACACAAAAUAUCGUCUCUUCUUCCGCAUUAACAACCUUCCAUUUGAACACAAACACUGCAGCUGCUUCGUCACCAUAUUGUGCACAACUUAUUUAACUCCCUGUAACGGCUGACAGGUUUUCUGUGGGUUGAUUUUCAUUUCAAUUAUAUUGCAUAGUGAUGUCAUGUGUUUUUCCGGGGAAAACUACAGCAAAGUGUAAAUCAAAGUCCAGAGAGAGAAACAGCUCAAAGUUGAGACCUGGUGUGCUACGGUAGCUUGAGAAAUUUGAAUCAUCAUAUUGUUGUGGAGGUUAUUGUUUUGUUGGGUGUGUUUAUGACUUUAUUUUAUCAUUUAAGUGUUUGAUAUAACGUGACUAAGAGCUAUUUUCGCUGUCUGUUGCCAGCCACUCUAACAGAUUUAUCAUAUUUGUUUUGGCACGACGACAAGUCAGAUAAUCCGAAUGACUGAUUUCAACACACUGCUCAUCUCACUCUCUUGAAACCUGAGGAUGAGACAAGCAAAGUAAAAAAAACAAAAAAGUACAAAUAAAGAGGUUUGUAUUAGUUAAUAAUUGUGGGGGGGAUGUGAAUUUUGGAAAAUUAAAGACUAGAUAGGAUUAAAUAUGUCAGAGAUAAUACAUAUAAUACUUGUUCGUACCUUUGAGCUGCUGAGGGUCUCUUAGUUUCUGGGAGCUGUAACUCGAGCAAGCAUCUACAUGUGGAUGGCCAGGAAGUCAACUGGAGUCCUGGGGUUAGCGGCCUGUCGGACUCUGGCCAACCUCAUGUCCCCCAGGCGCCGCUCCAGACUGCGCUUCCCUGCCAGCAGAAGAUACGGAUGUAUUUUUAUUUGUCUUUAUUAGAGAACAGAGACAUUCAUGUGCUUGAGCCUUUUCCAACACCUGUAAAAUCGAGUUAAGGGGGCAAUAAACUGACUUAGAGUUCAUGUAAGAUCACAUAUUUGGUGCAUCUCUCACUAAGUCAACAUUCAAAAGGGAUUGGCCCUUCUCAAGGAAGAUGAGGGCUUUCUUUUCCUGUACAUGCAAAACUAGCACAGUUUUGAAUGAUUUUGAUAUUAUCUGGCAAAAAAACAUCAUGCUGGGCAGUGCAAUAGUGGCUCAGACCUUCCUUUUGCAGCAACAUAGACUUUACUCCACAUGUUACAUCCAUGCACCAAUGAGAGUAAUCCAGAGACCUUAGAGCUUUCUGCAGAAACAUCUCGCCUAGAGUUCAGUCUGACCCGUGAUUUUCUCUGAACAUGUACACUGUUAGAUAUUUUCUGUGCAGUUGAUUCAACACCUCGAACUACAAUCCAGCGGGAACAUUUUGAGAGAGAUUCUGAACUUAUUUCAUUCAUAACCAAAGAUCAGCAAUGUCGAAAUUAAUAGAUAUCCUAUUUCAUAACACAUUGCCAGAAUCAGGAACAAAUUUAUAUUUUCUAUUCUAAUUAACAGCAGUUACGACUACUCUUACCACUACAAUCUGUUGAACAUUAGUCAUAUUUUUUUUUUAAACAAUAAUCCAUCUGCUCCUUUGACCUUUUCCCAUGAAUAAACAGUUUUUGCACGGCGUGAAAUGUGGGGCUUUGAUUUCUAAAGUGAGUUUACAGCCAUUAUCUAAACUGAAUUUCAUCUCAGUCUCCAAAUGAUGAAAGGUGAAAAACUAUAACAGUUAAUUAUUAGGUGCAGCCAUAACUCACUUUUCAUAUUACUUCUAAUAUUUUGAUUAUUUUUGAAUAUCUAAUAUAUCCAAUGUACUUUACUAUGUAAAUACUCUUUGUGUUGCACAAGGGUCUGUAUCUUUGUCUGUAUGAAACGUGCACUAUAAACUUUUUUAGAAGUGCUAA